GUGUCGGGGUGUGUGAUGUGAUUGACGGUGGACCGGCCGAAGUGAUCGGGACCGUGAAGACUUCAUCGCCGCUCCGCGUCCCUCCUCCCCGGGUACUUCUGCACGGAUCACCGCGCAACUUCUCACACGACUUCCCCGCACACUUUAGCGGUGUUUUACCGGCAGAGGAUCGGCCCGGAGCCUCCGUGUGUUCGGCGGGGAUCGGCGGUGUUCGUUGCCCCGCGGCUGGAGGCUAGCAUCGGUUACCGCUGCUAAACAUGGUGGCCUGUAGGCAGGGGGACGGAGGCGCGAGCCCGGGCUGCGAGCUGCUGUAGACGGGGAGCUGUCUGGAAACACACCGGGAGCCGCACCGCACAUCCCGCGGGGUUCACACCGAAGCUCUGAGGACUUUUUGAAAAGGACGCGGGGAAGUUUGAGUGCUGAAGCCGACGCGCGGAGCAGCAGCGGCGGCGUCAGCAGCACCGGCCGCGCGCCGUGGACCGUGGAUAAUCCCCCGCAGAGGAAAAGUUUCCCUCCCGGUUUGGAGACGAGUUCCAGAAACAUGCGCAAAGCUGCGGAGCCGGAAGCAGCACGAGCGGGUCGGAGGAGCGCGUGAAGAACUUCUCCCCCCUGCGGGACAUUCUCCGGAGUACCAUGGAUCGCGGUUCCUUCCUCACGCAGACCUGGAGCUUCGGGAGGAGGCGCUGAUGAAGAGGAGGAUGAAGGUGAUGGUUUCUCGCGGGUAGGAUUCCGAGCACAGAGCGGGUCAUUACAUGGAGACUCGCCUGACAUGCCCAGGAAGGAGUUGCCACUACCUGAGGGUUGGGAGGAGGCCAGAGACUUCGAUGGAAAGGUCUACUACAUCGACCACAUCAACCACUGCACGAGCUGGAUCGACCCCAGAGACAGGCAGACGAAGCCUCUGACGUUUGCCGACUGUAUUGGGGAUGAGCUGCCGAUCGGCUGGGAGGAGGCGUUCGACCCCCAAGUCGGAGCUUACUAUGUCGACCACAACACCAAGAAGACCCAGCUGGAGGACCCGCGGGCCCAGUGGCAGCGGGAGCAGGAGGCCAUGCUGCGGGACUACCUGGCCGUGGCCCGGGACGCCCUCAGCGCCCAGAAGGAGAUCUACCAGGUGAAGGAGCAGAGGCUGCGGCUGGCGCAGCAGGAGUACCGGCAGCUGAACGACGCCUGGAGGGACAAGACCACGUCGCAGACCAGCUUGAAUUCAAGAUCAUCGUCUUCCAGCAAGUACGACCCCGAUAUCCUGAAAGCAGAAAUCGCCACCUCUAAAAGUCGGGUGAACAAGCUGAAGCGGGACCUGGCCUGUAUGAAGCAGGAGCUGCAGUUCAAAGAACAAGGCUUCGAGACCCUCAGAGGGAUCGACCAGAAGGUAUCGAGCUUCCCGUACGGCUUCAAGCUGCAGGAGGCGCAGGCCAUCCUGAGCGAGGUCCGCUCCAUCCGAGACGCCAUCAGCUCCGGGGAGAAGGAGAAACAGGAGCUCAUGCAGAAACUGGCGGUGCUGAAGGACGGUUUCCAGCUGGACUCUGGGUCGCAGCCCGAUCUGUGGGGCAGCAGUCCCUCGCUCGCCAACUCCGAGCUGUCCAUCCCGCGGCUCUACUCGGACGCCGGCUCUCAGACCGACAUCCCUGCAGAGUUCCUCAGCAGCAGCAACAAACUGGCCGAGAAGGUUCGCCUGAGUCUGAAGUACGAGGAGGCCAAGAGAAGGAUCGCCACCAUCGAGGUGCAGAUCGCCAAACUGGACAGCGAGGCCUGGCCGGGGCUGCUGGACCCCGAGCGAGACCGGCUCAUCCUCAUCAACGAGAAGGAGGAGCUGCUGAAGGAGCUGCAGUACGUCAGGCCCCGUCAGCGGCUGCAGCCCAACGACGCCGAGAAGCUGGAGUCCGAGAAGAAACGCCUGGAGAGAGACCUGCAGGCCGCCAGAGACAACCAGAGCAAGGCUCUGACCGAGAGGCUGCGACUUCACUGCAAGAGAAACAAACUGGUCCGGGAGCUGGAGGAGAUGGUUCGACUGGCGGCGUCACUUCACACUCAGCUGAAAAGCCUCUCAGCCAGCACCUUGUCCUGUUCCUCCGGCAGCAGUCGAGGAUCCUUGACGUCCAGCCGCGGUUCCCUCGCCACCACCUCCAGCCUGGGCUCCACCUCCUCGCUCAGCUUCACCGACAUCUACCUGGAGCAGCCCGAGCUGGCCGACCCGGACUUCCAGAACAAGCUGGACAGCCUCCUGCAGGAGGGCGGCCCGGGCGGCUACCGCCCCUCCAGCUCCAUCACCACCAUCCACGAGCACGAAGUGGUGACGGGCUGCGGGGGCAGGGACGCUGUGACGCCCGAGGACAAAACGGGAGGGGCGGGAGGAGACACGGGAGGCCCAGCAGGGGGCGGAGGAGCGGAGCCGGGCUCCACCAGGAUCCAGGCCCUCAGACUCUCAGAGACUCCUCGCUCCAUGAGCUCUUUAUCGCCUCGCUCGUCCCUCUCCUCGCUCUCUCCGCCUUGCUCCCCGCUGGUCACGGACGCUAGCUCCCUGUCCGGUGAGACAUUCACAGGCCGGACGGGUCCCGGAGGAUUAGGCCUGGACCUGGAGCUCCACAGUCGGCUCACGGAGCUGGAGCUCAGCCUGGACGCUCAGGAGCAGCGACAGGACGAGAGCUCGGGGGGGCUGGAGGAGAAGCAGAACGUCAACACCGCGCUCAGCGGGGACGUCAAAGACUCGGCUCCUCAGCUGAGGGGGCCGGGCCAGAAGAAGGUGGGCGUGUCCUCGGCGGUGUCUGACGAGUCGGUGGCCGGUGACAGCGGCGUGUACGAACCUUCAGAGCGCCAGCCGGGCCUCCCUGCCGACCUCCUCCUCGGCUCCUUCGAGGAGCGUUUGGCGCCCGACGGCUCUCAGGUGCAGCUCGGCUUCCGCUACGAGUCCAGGGACCAGCGCUUCACCGUGUCCGUCAUGCAGCUGUCCAACUGCAGCGCCCUCUGUCUGCCGGCUGACCAGAAAAUGUAUGUGCGUGUGGCGGUGCUGCCCUGCGUGGAGACCUCCCGCUGCCUGUUCCGAACCCGCGGCUCCUCGUCCCAGGACGCCGUGGAGAUCAAUGAGGUGUUCGGCAUGCAGAUAUCCCAUGGUGCACUGCGCCAGAAAACCCUGAGGGUGGACGUGUGCACCACCAGCAAGUCGGGCCACGAGGAGUGUCUCGCCGGCGCUCAGAUCAGUUUGGCUGAAGUCAGCUGUUCGGAUGAGAGACGCACAAAGUGGUACAACCUGCUGAGCCGCGCCUACAUGCCCGACAUCAACAAGGAGGACGAGGAGAGCAGAGCAGCCGGAGGCUCCGACCGGACGCGUGUUUCCAGCAGCGACACGGUCGGAGCUUCUGAGGACGACGAGUGGCACGGCGACCCGCUGGAGGCCGACCUGUUCGAAGAGGAAGAAGGAAAUGGCGUGGGGGGAGUGGGGCCUCUGGAGGAAGAAGAGUUAUAUCCCGACAGCAGCCAAUGGGAAGCAGAGGAAGAGGGGGAGGAGGAAGAGGAGGCAACUGAACCUCCUCCUCCUCCUCCUCCUCCUCCCACAACAGGAGCACGGAUCCCAGAGAAGGUGAACAAGGAGACAAAUGUCCACGGUUUGUCCUCGUCCCAGCACUGCUCCGUGGUCCGUCCCAAAGAGCGGCGCCCGGACGUCCACCAGCAGAACCCGUUCAUGAGAGGGAACACCAUCAUCCGCUCCAAGACCUUCUCCCCCGGACCUCAGAGCCAGUACAUCUGCAGGAUAAACCGCAGUGACAGCGACAGCUCCACGCUCUCCAAGAAGUCGCCGUUUGUCAGAAACGCCUCGGAGAGACGCAGCAUGCGCAUGAAGAAGCCUCCAGUGCAGGUCAAAGGUCUGGACGGGCUCCUGCGGACGUCCAUGGACCUGGAGCUGGACCUGCAGGUGUCCCGGACGCGACAGACCCGGCUGGCCCAGGAGCUGCGGGUUCUGCGGGAGCUGAAGACUCAGCUGGAGAAGGCGAGACAGCUGGGCCAGAGAGAGCUGCCCGCCUGGGUCCAAGAAGACGAGCGCUUCCGCAUCCUCCUCAAACAGGCGGAGAAACAGGUGAGUGACCGUCCUGCGUGGAGUCAGUCCUCAGAAGUUCAUCCACUUCCUGUGUCUGAGCUGAACGCCUCUGGUCGACUUCCUGUUCAGACUCGAGAGGAGCAGCUGCAGGGGAAGCGAGUGGAGAAGAGGAUGCGAGCAGCAGCCAAGGACGUCCACAAGAUCCGGGGCCAGAGCCGCAAAGAGGUUCCUGAGGUCCAGACCUUCAGAGAGAAGAUGGCGUUCUUCACACGAGGGCGGAGCAGCAUCCCCGACCUGCCGGCCGACAGCGUGUAGAGAAGCAUUUCAAAGUACCCCCCCACCACCACCACCACCCCCCAGUCUCAACCUGCUGUUCCCACAAAUGAAGCAAAUGUUUGGCGGUGUUAUGAAGAAUUAAAAAAUAUAUAUAUAAUAUGUUUUAGUAGAAAAACAGACAAAAAAACGUGAAGAAACCGAUUUUUAAAGCGUGUUUCUACUGCGGAUAGUGUUCAUUUGUAAAUUAGUGACGGCACUGCUUUCGUUUUUAUUUCCCUCUCUUCAUGUCUUUGAGUUUCUGUGACUAACAGGAUGUUUAAAGACUUUUAAAUCAUUCCAGCACAAAGUCACUCAGCUACGUACAAAGAGCUUUGUACGGAAACAGCACAUUUAAACAUAAAGAGCCAACUUCAUGUUUAUCGGAAGCACAAAAUGAAAUCAGACGACGGUACUACAGGAAAAAACUUCGGCUGGUGAUAAAACUAGAAUGAAUAUCUGCUCUUUAGUGAUAUUUGAUACUUAAAAUCACGUGUUUUUGUACUUUAUACUCAGACAAACGUACGAGCACACUUUGAUUUUCCUUUUUUAGAACUUUGUUUGUUUUUAUUGUUUUUCCUCACCACUCGUGAACAUGGAUGUUUCCUAAGACUUAAAUCUUUAAUAUUGUUUCACGUCAAAACCCUUUUUUACACGAUUUAACACGAAGUCAGAGUCUGAAGUAAAAUCUCUGUUUGUUCGCAUCUCGUACUCACGCAGUUGUUCUCGUCUUCCCUCUUCACUUGGUGUUUACUGACCCCUGGUGGUCGAGACACUGGUCAUUUCUAACCAAAUCCAUGAGGACUGAAACCUUAAGAAUUAUAACUUGAAUAUUUCCAAACCCAACACAGUCAUGGGGUCGACCUCCUGACGCUGGUCUGAGGUGCAAGGCAGCGUGUCGUCAGCCAAACGUCGGAUUCACUCUUUACUUCACGAUAACUCGGAGAAGGAAACUUUGUUAAACCAACUGGAUCUGAGGUGAAAAGUGUCACGAUGGUCACACACACACACACAGACACACACUCAUGGAGGUGUAGAAACCGCACUAACACUCAGGUAGUUGAUCGGAUAGUCUGCACUUUAACACAAAACGUACUGGAAUGAUGAUUGUUGUUGUUGUUGAAACACACAGGAAGUGAAGAUCCAAUGUAUUUUUGAUGACUGUGAACUUCUUAUUGAUUCUUUGAUUGUUUGACUGGAAGUGACUAAACCCCGCCCCCUUCACGAGAGCUCACCAGCAGCCAAUAGGAAGACAGACGUCGUCCUGAGCUUCAAUCUGAAUGGCUGGAUAAAAUAUUGUCUGCCCUGAUGAGAACUGUUUUAUCAGGUUUAUAUAAUUUUGAUGUUUUCCCUGUGAAACUGGAUAUUUGAGACACGUAUCUGCGUCUCUUAGAACUGGACGUUAACACGGUGCCCAGCUAAACUAUCGAUAUUAUGGAUUUGGAUCAUAAUUCUAUUGUUCACACUCAACUGAGAAAAUAGUGGAGCUGCUGGAGAUCAUGAUAUCUGCUUCAGGAGUAGGAUACUGAAAUGUUUAAUUAAAAAUCUUUUCUGAUAAAUAAAUAUGUCCAUCUUGCUUUUACAGCUUGUUCAGAUGCCCCCAAGUGGCCAACAUUUAAAUGACAGGAAAUUUGAAUUUGUACUUUUUGUUGUUUCAUGACAAUUAAUUAGAGGUAUUUAUAAAUGCCAAUAACAGGGACAUACAGUACAAAUAAAUAAAUAAAUCUAAAUAAAAAACACUUAGAAAAGAAGCAAAACAGCUGAUCUCGAUGAUGCAGUUCCCAAAACAUACAAAAAUGUUCGAGGGAAGGAUUUAGAGAAAAGUUUACAAAUUUAAGAAUUCCUCAAGUUACUUUCUCCGGUGAACAAACUCCUCGUUUAUCAAUUUAUUCCCCGACUGUUUCAAAAGAAUUUCCAUUUAUUAUAUCUGAGGCCAUGACACUUCUGCUCCGCCCACGUGACACGAGCAUGCGGAUCCAUCGCCGUCUUUCUGUUCCCGAUGUGAACUCGAACGUUGCUGACAGGAAUCCAGAUGCUGCUGUCCUCCUCAUUCCAGAUGUGUCUUAUUUGGACUGUUUGCAGAAACGCAGCAGCUUUGAAAAAGAGAGAAUACGAAUUUAAAGAUCUCAGAAUCAUGUUAAUCAUCUGUUGCCUUCUAUUCUUUAAAAGACCAACGGAGGACGAUUGGAUUUUGACCUUUUAAAAUUGUCUCUACUUCCUGUUUCCUUCUUUUUACGUCCCUCUCAAAAACAGACUUGAUUUUACGAUAAAUAAAUUCUGAAAAAAAGGACGAUUGAUUGUUUCACCACAUUCAGGUAGAAGUAGGAAUAUUUUUGCACAAACGUCUAUGAAAAUACUACGUAUCCUACAAGUUCAUGAUAAUCACACAACACUAUGAAAUUAUUCACGUGUAGCUGAAUGAAACGCUGAGAGGACGAUAACGACCGGGCUGCGUUCACAUCGUAGGAAGUUCAACGUAAUCAGGAUAUCGAUGUGAGAUCAGUCUGAACAGUCGAUCAGUAUCAGAUCAACACCAAAGAUUUAACAACUCGUGUUCACGCUGAAACAACAGGCUCCUGGAGUCGUGGUCGUCUGACGCUCACGAGUCUCGUGUGUUUUCAUCAACUGGUCGGGAGCGACAGACUUUUCUCAGCAACAAUGAAGAAAUGUUAGCAUUUAGCGAAAAAUCCUCAUCUUCCACUUAAGUAAUAAUCAGACGAAACAUGGGAGCAAAAGGGCAAUUCAAAAGUUACGUCAAUUUAGAUCCGACUGUUCAGACUGAGAUCACGUGAAAGUGUUGGAGUCACAUGAGUGCCCCCUGCUGGUGAACCCAGCCCCCUGCUGGUGAACGCAGCCCCCUGCUGCCCCCUGCUGGUGAACGCAGCCUCGUGCAAGUUAUUCGUGAAACACUGUGAAAUGAGUGAAAGUCUACAGAGUCGUGAAGGUGCCUUCAGAGAGUACGGAAGAUGAUCAGGGCCGUAUUCAAUUUAUUUUUAAAUUCUUUCAGAAUUGUAUUUUCCGUAUCUUUUCAUCUUCCGUAGGGCGCAACAACUCAAACGUUUUCGUUCCUUUUUUAUUUCCUGUUUUCUUCUUUUAUUUCAUCUCGUGCCCAAACAACCAUCUGACGCAGAGAAGCUGAACCUGUGGAGAAACGUUUGUGUUCAUUUUCUUAAUGUACGGUUUAUUUUGUAUUUUCCUCCACGUGUAGACGCAGUAGAUUUGAGUUAUAGAACUUUUUGUCGCCGUCUGUGUCGUUAAAAUCCACUUUGUCAUGAUCGAAUGUGGUUUCACCUUUAAAACAUUAAAAGACUUGUUUAUCAGAAAGGUCUGGAUGAAGGAAUGUAGGUUUUUAUUUUGACAAAUCAUGAUCUUUGAGAAAAUAAAACAAAGGCUGUUCGUCACAUGAUUAUUUUUUCAUCGUGUAGGUUGUGAUUUAAUUUCCUUUUGAAGUUCAAGUGUAUUUUUUCCUUGUGUAAUGAUUUUUUUUUGUAUUCUAAUGAAUCUGUUUGUGUUGCGACUGGUGCCGAAGCUGGAGACGUGCACGGAGGCGGCUCGAGGAACAGGCAGCAUGUAUUUAUUGCACUUUUGUGAUUUGGGUGUGCUUUUCCUGUUUUUGUUUUUUCUUUUCAUCGAGAGAGUUCUGAAAAGCUGUGAAUUUUAUUCUCGGACACUGUUCUGUCGACCAGAGUUGUAAAUAUUUCACCAGCACAAAAAAAAAACGACGAUAUGUUUUGUAGUUUCACAACAAAUAAAAAAAAGGAAAGUUCUUCUCUUCUA